UAGACCCGCAUUUCACAUAGUCCAGACAAAAAUUAUCUAUCCACGUUCCCAUUAGGAGUCCGUUUAUCCAAUCACAUCCCCCUCACGGGUUGUUCAUAUUUCUCCCCUCAAAGGCCUCAUUCUCUUCUUCUGUUCUCAAUCAUAAACCAGCAAAUCCAAAGAUUCAUGCUCUGUCAGAAGAUUGGUAGAACCAAGAAAUGCCAAACCUAUCGUUCGAUGUCGAUCAUGCGUCUCCCGAGGAUGAGAACAUAGGUGAGCUGACGGUACCGGGUCAACCCCAUGAGGCCCUGCUCCUGGUCUUGCCUUAUCUCAGCUUAUCUGGGCUGAUUGCCGUGGGCGAAGCGUGCACGUCUCUGAGAGAUGCCCUGCGCGACGAUGUUCUGCCGUGGCUGGAACUCGUUGUCGACGAUCCUUUGAGUCGGCGGAUGUGUGAUGAGAUACUUAUCGAGAUCACUUCAAAGGCAAAUGGGAAGCUCCGGACACUGGGGCUAUUCAAUUGCACAAAAAUCACAGACGGCGGGCUUCAAACUGUUAUAGAGAGAAAUCCUCUCAUCAACAAGUUAUAUGUACCGGGAUGUACGAGCUUAACACCAGAGGGAGUCAUAAACGCUGUGAAGACUCUAUCAACACAUGGUAACAUUUUACAGUCCAUAAAGAUCAAUGGCAUCUACAAUCUACAGAAGCAACACCUUCAAGUGCUUCGAUCCUACGUUCGAGUGAAUCCCAAAACGCUGGAGCACAAGUGCUCCACGCACUUUGGACUCGAGGGUGACUGCAAUAUUUGUCCUGUCGAUGUGGAAAUCUGUCCAAAAUGCAACGAGGUGAGGAAGGUCUUUAUCUGCCCUAUAGAAACAUGCGUGAGGAAGAGAGACCGGCGAUUAAGUGAAUGCAGAGGAUGCAGCUCUUGUAUUCCGAGGUGCAUCCAGUGUGGCGCAUGCGUCGAACCUGACGAUCUAGAGGAAGCCGAGGCUAUUUGUGCGGACAUCUUAUGCAUGAGGUGCUGGCUCCAACUACCCAAGUGUGAUUUCUGCAACAAGCCAUACUGCAAGCAACAUGCGGAGCGGCGGCUCAAUCCUUCAGGGUCUCGGGGGUUUGUUUGUGAGUUGUGUGCUGUAUACGAGGAGGAUGAUAUUGAUGUAUAGCUUUGGGCAAAUGAAUCUUGAGAAGGCCCAAGCAUAAGGUUCCCUUUUUGCAUAUGAAUGCAUUGUGCAGCAUGUCCCACAUAGUCUCUUUUUGCUAUCGUUAGUGCACAGGUGAUGAUACCUUCUCUUCAUCAGAAGUGAACCUUGUUUCAUUCGUUUUGACCGUGCAGUGAAACGGGCAAGAGUACGCACAUAUGAUCUCCUGAGUUUGUGCCCGGUCGUUUGAUUUUACCAUUACAUUUUCUAGCUGUAGAAUCGUGUCAUUCGACUUGUGUUGGAUCAGAAAUUGUCA